AUGAGUUUCCUGACGCUGGUGGUGUUCCUGCUCCCUCCUGCCGCAGGAGAGAAGAUCGUCUUCGGGGGCCUCUGCCUCGUCCUCAACAUCCUCUUCCUCGAUUACUCAGCCAACGUCAUCGGACACGCCCCCUCGCACACGCCCCUUAUCGUCCAGAUGGUGUGUCAGCAGAUGGUAUUGAUAAUGCUCAGCGUUGUGGUGUCAAGCCUAGUUGUCAGGAUGGCGAGAGGACCUCACUCGUCUGGCCUCCCAAACAUCUUAAAGAGGCCAGCUCUCCUUCUGUCAUCUUGCCUCUGUCUGGGGAGCUACAGUGAACUCGCCUCCAAGUCGAGCCACAGCCUCGACAGCUCUCGACGCAAGCCUGACGAGCUGGAGCUGGGCGAGGACGGGAGCUCUGAGUUCCGCCGUCGGGAGAGCGGCGACGCCUGCGAGUGGCUCCUCCUCGCCGCCGUCGUCGACCGCUUGGCCCUCCUGCUCUACGCCGCCGUCUGCGUCAUCAGCCUCAUUCGCUUCAGCAGCGUCUUGUAGGAGCGAUACAUCUCGAUUCUUUCACAGCUGCGUCCUUUAAAAAACAACAACACGUUUUGAUUUCUAGGCAGAAUGGCGAAUAUGCUUUUGUUACCCUUACUGUUUCCCGUUUUCUAUGCUGCUCGUCCAUCUUUUUUCUUCUUCUCUCUUUCUUUUUGUAAAGUUAAUUCAUGUAAUUAUCUGGAAGACCUGCUUUCCUUGAAGAAGGCGUAUGGGCCGUCAUGUAUACGACCUUCUCUUGAUAUGUUUGAUGGAUAGUUUCCUCAUAGCUCAACUGCUACAGAUUAAAAAAAAAUUAAAAA